UAAGGAAACGCAUCUAUCAACAUUUCAACAAAAACAAAAAAUAACCCAAUUGUGACUAAUUCCUUGGAACAUUUAAAAAUGACGUUAGAUUUAGCACUCUAACUAAAAUAAAAUUGAUUAUACCUAAAAAAAAAAUGCCACAUUAUUUUAUAAUGAAUUUAACUUUAUUAGGUAUUUGUGGUAAGAAAUAGCCGCCCAUUUCGAAGUCAUGGGGGACAGUGACAACGAAAAUGUGGGAGGAGCCCCACUUCCUCCUGCUAGAAAUAGGACCAAACCUACCGUUAUAAGACCGGUAUCCAAAGCACCAACAGAUGGUAAUAAUGACAAACCAGCCACACAAGCACCACAGCGCCCAGCACCACCUGUGGCUCGACCCCCGCCCCCUGUCCAAAGACCAAGUGAUCCUGUCAAAACUGUCAAAACAGAGCCUGAACACCAACCAACAUUACCUUCAGGAAAUGGAUCUAGAAAUUCUGUUAAAGUUAAACCAUCAGUUGCUGCUACAGGAAAAAGGAAAUUGGAAAUCACUGUUGUGGAUGCUCGUCCAAUGAGUGAAAUAGGAUUUCGAGACCUAAAAGGUGGAGGCACUGUUUCCACACCAGUGUCUGCUGCCACUACUGGAACAGGAAGUGAUGCAAUUAAAGCUGUGAAUUCUGAUGCCCCGGUGGCUCCUCCAUGUGAGAGGGUUGCCCCACCCAAACCACAGCGACCUGCAAUGUAUAAGCCACAGCAGCAAGCCCAAGGGACAGGCAACUCUCCACAUAAUGAUGACCCAGUUCCUCCCCCUAAGCCAGCCAGACCUUCCAUGAUUAUUCCAGCCAGUAGCCAGCCGGAGGACACCAAAGCGCUGGACGCUAAUGCCAAUCUCUCAGCUGUGCCACCCAGACCUGCGCGGCCCACGAUUAUACGACCACAGUCAAACGUACAGACAACACCAGAUCAUUCCUCAGCUGAGAGUCCAACACCUCCGAGCCGCCCAAAGCCUCCACUACCUGCCUCAGCACCCUCUGUACAAGCCGCCCACGUUACCACGGCAACCGCUGUCCCAGUUCCCAGAGCUAGGUCCUCCAGAGCAAGUGAUGCAGACAACUCUACUGCUGCUGAUAAAAAAGUUUCACCUGUUCCAUCCCCGCGUCCACGAAACAAAAUAACUUCCAGCACUGAUUCAGAAGUACAGCCUAGCCCAGAAGCCAAAACAGAAAUAACAGUUACCUCCCCUGACGUACACGCCAAACCUCCACCCAAGCCCCUUCCGUCAUCUUUAGAACCCCCACCCAGACCAAAAAGACCAUCGGCCUCCCCUACAGCUGUACACAAGACACCCACACAACUACCCAGCAAAGAUACUGAAACGUCACCUCCACAUAAAGCUGACCAGUAUGUUGAUACGACACCAAUCUACGCCAAAAUCAGCAAACCUACACACCCUGAACCUGUUCAAGAAGCUCCACCAACUGAACCUCCUUUCAAAGUCAAGCUGAAGCCCACAGUACCAACAGAAGACACAAAAACAAAUGGUGUGUCAAUUAGUCCAGAUAGCAAGGGUGAUCCCACCUCCCUCUCUGAAGAAUCUCAGGUUAUUCUUAGAACCAAGGGAAGGAACUCAAUCUCCCAUGAUGAACCAGACCAAAGCCCUCCACCAAUAAAACCAAAACCUAUUUCCGGAGCUUUCCUGGCCAAAUUUGAACAAACUGAAGAACAUUCUAGAAACCCGCCUGUUCCAGCUAAGCGCCCUGUAACAAUGAUAGCCCAUACAGAGCAGAGCCAGAAAGUAUCGGAGUCGUCAGCUCCUACCGUUGCACCUAAGAGACCUAUCACAAUCAUUGGUGGGCCUCAUAAAUCUCUGGCCAAACCUACAGCAGACACACCAACAGAGACCCAAACUGGCAACUCUCAUGAGGAUAUAAGUGGGUCAAUAUCCAAGCAAUCACCAACCAGUAAACAACCACCUGUAACACCUACUUCAUACGGCCCAGCUAUUCCAAACAAGCCAUUGGACCACCCAGCAAGUGAAAAUGUUUCAUCAAAUUUCUCAUCUGACGCUGACAAUGGUCAACAAAAAACAGACAGUCACACAUUCCAUGAGGAAACUCCUCUGGUUAAACCAGCGAAUGCACCGGCUAAACCAGCGGCUGCACCGGUUAGACCUACUGAAACACCAGGUAGACCGGCAACUGGUCCAGUGAAACCAGCAAAUGUUCCUGUUAAACCCGAAACUUCUGUUAAACCCAGGGAAGCUCUGCCUGUUAACCCUUCAGAAUCUCUUCCUGUUAAACCUGAAACUGCUGCCGCUCAACCAGAAACUGCCCCUGUUAAACCAUCAACUGCCCCAGCUAAACCUGCUACUGGUCCAGUAAAACCAUCAACAGAGCAGAAACCUACAAAGCAGCUUAAGUUACCUCCCCGACCCAGUCCUGGCCACCCACUGUAUCACUACAUGCUGCCCUACCCACAUGGGGUGGCACUACACGGCUACACAGCACACCAGCCAGAUGAGCUUAGUUUCAAGGCAGGGGAGACAAUAUUGCUGGUGAGGAAAGAAGACGAACAUUGGUUAGUUGGUAAAUGUGGUGAUCAGGAAGGCCUGUUUCCUGCCAAUUUUAUUGAGGUUAAGCGUGAAAUUCCAGUUGAGGGGGCACAAGGAGCAAGCUGGAAAGAUGCUUUAGAGGACUGGCCAAUAUCUGUUGAUGAGAACAAAACUGAUGGUGACACAGUGGAGGGGCCGAGGUGUAGGGCCAGAUUUGACUUUGAAGGUGAUGGUGAAGGAGAGCUGGCUCUAGAAGAUGGAGACGUCGUACAGCUACAGUCUCGUGUGGGCACAGAGUGGCUGAGGGGAGAGGUCAGAGGUCGUCAGGGAAUCUUCCCAUCAUCCUUUGUGGAGAUCAUUGAGGAUCUGCCAGCUGACGGCUGCGUUGGUGAGGAUGUUUUCUCCGCUCAAGGGACGGCCAUAUUUGAUUUUGAUGGGGAAGAAGGAGAACUAACAUUCCAGGCAGGGGACACAAUCAACAUUUUGAAUCUGAUCAAUGUGGAGUGGCUCUAUGGGGAGUGUCAUGGUAAAAAAGGCCAGUUCCCAGCAUCGUUUGUCUCCCAUGUUCCACCAAACCUCCCACUAAUGAAGCAGUCUGGCGCUGCUGUCAAGACGAGAGAAAAUCUACCUCAGAAAAAAGGUGAGGGACAAACUGGCAGUCAGCCGUUGCCUAGGAAACCUGAGGAGAAACAAGUGGAGACGGUGGAGGAGGAGGUGGAGGGCCCUGUGUUUGUUCUCAAGUCUAAGGAGACAACUUUGGGCUACUGCCGUGGGAUCUCUGAUUACCUCGACCCACCUCUGGGGGACCUGCCAUUUAAGGUUGGAGACAGAAUUGAGAUUCUGGAAUUUGUGGGGGAGGAUUGGGCCAGGGGCAGGCUGGGUAAAAAGGAGGGCAUGUUUCCUCUUAGAUGUGUGGCUGAGGAGGUCAUUGACCCUGACCAUGUGGAGCCAGUACCAGAACCUGUUGUGAAAGAAAAACUUUAUGGGCGUGUCAUCCAUGACUUUAAUGGAGAAAAUGAUGAUGAUCUGACAAUUAAGGAAGGAGAUGUGGUGGAGAUGGAGGAAAUAGCCGACACAAGGGGCAACUGGAGGUGGGGGCGACUCAAUGGUAAACGAGGAAUGUUUCCCGUCAUUUUUGUGGAGGCCUUGUGAAAAUGUUACGAGGAAAGUUUCUUGUCAUGUUUGUGGAGUCUAUGUGAAAAAUGUUCCUUUCAGAAGUCUUGCAGUCUAGAUAGUUUUGAAAUUAAAAUAUCAGAUUUAUGCAAAAAAUAAGAAACAGUUUUAAAAUAACAGUUGAGUAAGGCUAUAAUAAAAGGUAGACAAUGGCUGAACCCAAGUGCAUGGUUGUUUCUCAACAUGUUGUUAACAUUGCUGUAAAACUUUGUUAACUACUGAAAUUAUCUUGAUAUGUAUACCUUAAAAACAUACAUAUAUUUAUAUAUAUAUGUAUGUAAACAAAUAUAUGUAUGUAAUAUUUGUUAUACUUUUACAUUGAACUAUACAAACAAGGUUUGCUGAAUGAAUUUUCUUCUGUCUAGAUUCCACUUUUUCUACACACUAGUGUCAAUUCGGUAGACAUAAGGAAAUCCUUUUUAAAAUCCCAAAUAAUUUACUUUCUACUGUAUCCAAUAAAAAGCUAUGGUACUUAUAAUUUUUCACAUCUUUACAACUCUACUAAUUUUAAAAACGUUUCAAUUGGGGUUUUAUACAACGCUUACAACAUACUUGUAAAUUUGUAUUGCUUUUACUUGUGCCAAUUCAAAAAAAAAAUCAGUAUUUAAAAAAAAAAAUGUUUAAAAUGUAUUGUUCUGUUGAAUAACCUGUUUACAUUUUUAAAAUUCUCAAUUUAACUCCUGUACCAAAGUGACUUACAAUUAUUGAUUUUAAACCUUUGUAUUUGUUCUGGGAGAAUACAAAGUUAUUUUAUUAGGCUAAUUUGGAGUUAUCUUUCACUGUAGGGUUCAGAGUGGGCCAAAAUGGCAUACUGGGUUUCUACAAAUGUUAGUGUUGAAAUAUGCAUAAUUACAAAAAUGUACUUUUAAUAUUGGUAUUUUGGUUGUAAAUAUUAGGAUAGCUCUACCGUUUGAAAAGAGUGUCUAAAGCCUUUAAGACUUUUAAAGCCUGUUUCUGUUACAAAAUGUGCAUGCAACACUAUUUCCACACUUUUUUUAAUAACAUUAAAAGGUUAUUUUGAAAUCUAGUUUUUUUAGAAGCCAUUUAUGUUUGAUAAUUUG